UUUAACGUGUAGGCCCCGGCUGGAUACUAGAUGAUCACGUGACCCGUUACCCGGAAGUUGCAGAUCCUGGUUACCCUGGCACUCUCUCUUCGGUACCCGGAGAGGUCUUCAAUGGAUAGCGAAAUUCAAAGAGAUGGGCGUAUUUUAGAUUUGGUUGAUGAUGCUUGGAAAGAAGAUAAAUUGCCAUAUGAAGAUGUAACCAUUCCAUUGAAUGAACUUCCAGAGCCUGAACAGGAUAAUGGUGGAAUAAUGGAGUCUGUCAAAGAGCAGGAAAUGAAAUGGGCAGAUCUGGCACUACAGUAUCUGCAUGAAAACAUUCCAUUGUCAGGGAGUUAAAUGUUCUUAAGUUCAUCGUUUCUUACAGUACCGAAAGGAAAUGACUAAUUAUUCACUGUUUUUUGUUGUUGUUGUUUUUUAGGAAAUAAAUUGAUUCAUGGUG